GUAAAGCUUACUGCGUAAACCGGAAAAUGUUGAUUAGAAGUCCGGUCUGACCAUUGGCAAGUUGGCAACAUUUCACUGCGUUACAAGACUUGUGAAGCAACUUAUUAUGGGUCGCCGAAAAUCGAAGAGGAAACCCCCUCCCAAAAAGAAGUUGACAGGGGAUCUUGACACCCAGUUCACGUGCCCAUUCUGUAACCACGAGAAGGCGUGUGAUGUGAAAAUGGAGAGGAGCAGAAACACUGGGAUUAUAUCCUGUUCGGUCUGCUUGGAGGAGUUCCAGACUCCCAUUACCUAUCUUUCGGAGGCAGUAGAUGUGUACAGCGACUGGAUAGACGCCUGUGAAGCUGCCAACCAAUAGCAGCCGUGUUGUCUUGAGGGGAUGUGUCUGUAUUGUGUAAAUCAGUAUGCUGAAUGAACUGGGAUUGUAUUUAAUGACACAAUAGGACACAUAAUGGAUCUAUAGGUCAAGUAGAAAACACUGUGUGGGGGGAAAAUGUUGCAAUACUUCCCUCUCAUUAUCUGUCCUCAGCUGCUAUUUCUGGGGGAAUAGUACAUUUUGAAGGUACACAUUUAAUUAAAUUUUUAAAUAAUUUUAACUUGAAGAAUUAAGUUAUUUCAUAGUUAUUUCUUGAUAAAGGGAGAGUAUUAUAUUGUACGAAAAAAGUGUAUGCAUUGUUACAGUAUGCACGUCCAUUUAAAAGACAAAAUAUGAGAAGACAAAUGGGAAACUGAAAGGGAAAUAGACUUAAAGCAACUCCACAACAUGAUGGAAUAUUUUAUUUUUUCAAAUGAAGAAAUAUUUUAAGAAAUAAAUGCAUCACAUACUGUUGGUAGUCACACUUGCACAGUUUCUAGAGUGUGGCCUUUGUAAUGAUCCUCAUUCAAAUUAGUUUUUACCAAAAAUGUCUAUUGUUUCAUGUUGAAGGUGUUUUGGCAGCAUACUCAUAACUUUCUUUUAUUGAGUUGGUAUGUGUUUAUUGACUUUGCAUUGCAAAAGGUGUCGCCGCCAAUUAAAUGUGAUUCAAAUCA